GCUCUGACGCCACCAGAACCAAGAAGCUACCAGCUAAACCCAAUCACACCAGACCAUAUAUCUCGCACCGAAAUUCGGCCGUGCCAAACACAAGUUUUUCUUCUCUUCCCGUGGUAGCUACAGUCCCGCUUGUGCGAACUCGCGCAACCCUAACACCUACGUCAUCUGAAUUGCCGGCUCGUGGCAUAGGCCUCUCGCCGGAGCUAUCACCGCUCUCAGAACACCUCUGCGAUAGUUUACAGUUCAGAACGACGCAAUGGCCGACGGACACCCGCAACGCGACAUCAAGAACCACCUUCUCUUUGAGAUUGCUACGGAAGUAGCUCAUCGAGUCGGUGGUAUCUACUCUGUGCUCAAAUCCAAGGCUCCGGUUACCACGGCUGAAUAUGGCGAUCGAUACACGCUUAUCGGUCCACUCAACCACCAAUCGGCCGCAGUCGAGGUCGAAGAGAUGGAGCCCACCAAUAAGGAGCUGGCCGCCACCAUGCAGACCAUGAAGGAUCGGGGAAUUGGCAUGUUGUACGGCCGCUGGCUGAUUGAGGGCGCCCCCAGGGUUCUCUUGAUUGAUACCAAGACAGCCUACAACUUUGUCAACGAGUGGAAGUCCGACCUCUGGUCUGUGGCCAGCAUCCCGUCCCCACCUGACGACGAUGAAACCAAUGAGGCUGUGGUGUUUGGAUACUUGGUGGCGUGGUUUCUUGGAGAGUUUGUAUGCCACGAAAAGGAAAAGGCUGUCAUUGCCCAUUUCCACGAGUGGCUGGCUGGCGUUGCUCUACCCCUUACCAAGAAGAGACGGAUUGAUGUUACGACCAUCUUCACGACCCAUGCCACUCUCCUAGGACGGUAUCUCUGUGCCGGCUCUGUUGAUUUCUACAACAACCUGCAGUUCUUUGAUGUCGAUGCCGAGGCUGGAAAGCGUGGUAUCUACCACCGGUAUUGCAUUGAACGUGCUGCUGCUCAUUCUUGCGACGUCUUCACAACUGUCUCCCACAUCACUGCUUUUGAGUCAGAGCAUCUCUUGAAGAGAAAGCCUGAUGGUGUGCUGCCCAACGGCCUCAACGUUACCAAGUUCUCGGCAGUUCAUGAGUUCCAAAAUUUGCACCAGCAGGCCAAGGAGAAGAUCCACGACUUUGUCAGAGGUCACUUCUACGGCCACUAUGACUUUGAACCAGAGAACACGUUGUAUUUCUUCACUGCUGGGCGCUACGAAUUCCGGAAUAAGGGUGUCGACAUGUUCAUCGAGUCUCUUGCGCGACUUAACCACCGGCUCAAGGAUGCGGGCAGCAAGAUGACUGUCGUGGCCUUCAUCAUCAUGCCCGCUCAGACUACAUCACUGACUGUGGAGGCUCUCAAGGGCCAGGCCGUUAUCAAAUCCCUAAAGGACACUACCAACAUCAUUGAGCAAGCCAUCGGUCGCCGCAUCUUUGAGCGGUCUCUCAAGUGGCACGAGGGCGACCCAAUGCCAGAUGAGAAGGAGCUCAUUUCCGGCCAGGAUCGCGUUCUCUUGCGUCGACGUCUGUUUGCCAUGAAGCGUCAUGGGCUUCCCCCUAUUGUUACCCACAACAUGCUCAACGACAGCGAAGACCCCGUCUUGAACCAAAUUCGCCGGGUGCAUCUAUUCAACCACCCAUCAGACCGUGUCAAGGUUGUGUUCCACCCAGAGUUCCUCAACUCGGCCAACCCCGUGCUGCCAUUGGAUUACGAUGACUUUGUGCGCGGAUGCCACAUGGGCGUCUUCCCUUCAUACUAUGAGCCAUGGGGCUACACUCCUGCCGAGUGUACGGUCAUGGGCGUUCCGAGCAUCACCACCAACCUUUCUGGCUUUGGAUGUUACAUGGAGGAGCUCAUCGAAAACUCCAGCGACUACGGUAUCUACAUUGUAGACCGAAGAAUGAAGGGGGUUGAAGAUUCCGUCAACCAGCUGAGUCAAUUCAUGUUUGAAUACUGCAACAAGAGCCGACGUCAGCGCAUCAACCAGAGAAACCGUACUGAGCGACUCAGCGACUUGCUUGACUGGAAGCGCAUGGGCAUGGAGUAUAUCAAGGCCCGACAGCUUGCUCUUCGACGGGCAUACCCCAACUCGUUUGACGGAGACGAGGAGGAAGAGGAGGUUGAGGAUUUCAUCCGUGGACCGGACCAGAAGAUCUCGAGGCCGUUCUCUGUCCCUGGCUCGCCUCGCGAUCGCACUGGCAUGAUGACUCCUGGAGACUUUGCCAGUCUGCAAGAGGGCCGAGAGGGCUUGAGCACGGAGGACUAUGUCGCCUGGAAAUUGCCUGAGGAGGAGGACCCCGAAGAGUAUCCCUUCUCUUUGACUCUCCGAGCAAAGCAACCCAGUGGCGUGGACCCUGAAACCCAAGCCACCCUGAACGGUGAAAGCUGAAAGCAAAAGGCGUCUUCAUAAGUAGCGUACGGCCUGAAUCGGCAUUAUAUGGGGCCAAGCAUGUUCUUUUUGACUGUGACUUUUGAGUGCAUCAAAUCUUUUGAUAUGUGUUUUUGUCUCUCCCAUGGCUACGACUAGCAUAAUGUGGAAGCAAAAGCAGAUUGGGUAAAAUGAAGGGAGAGAAAGCGAAAGGGCCUUGGAGCAGGGGGUGCUCAGGCGGAAGAGAGUGGGUGUAUGUGGCGGAUCAAUUACUUGUAUGGGGUUUAAACAAGGCGGGAGAAAAAUAUACAAUACUACAAUGUUGGAAGUUGAAUGUUGAAUGAUGGACGGCGUCCUUGUUCACCACGUGCUACAGUAUAAGAGGUAGUGAAACACGUUUGCUCCACGAUGUACAUGACUAGGUUGUAUGAGAAUGAUAUCACAGACACGUGCUCCGUUAGCACGAGGCGGGAUGGGGAUGCGAUGCUGCUAGAUAAGAUGGCGAUCCAUCUAGCGUCGCAAGCUGGGUCGAGGGCCGAGGCGGCUGAGGUCUAGCGGUGGAUCUCUAAUUAGAGAUGCUCCGUAGUAUCCCGCAGGUGAGGCUUGUAUUGUGUGAGAGUAUCUACAGUAUGCAGAGUGUCCUCUGGAGCUCCAAAGUGCGCACAUACUUGUACGCUGAUGACGCUGCUCGUACGACUCUUGCUGCUAUAUUACAACGGGUACGACAUCAUCUCCGAGUAUCUGCAGACACGAUCGAUUGACAAGAGAUGAGAUGGGUCGUCAUUAUGCUAUUAAUAUUGACAAGUACAAUUUACAAGUAUAUAAAGUGGUGGCCGUCGUACGAGGGAAAAGACCAUUCAUGGAACGGUAAUUGGUCGAAUGAGCAUCAUGCGUUUUUUCUUCUCUGCCCUUUGAUACGUACUUGUACAGUAUGGUGGCCGAAGCGAGACCAGGGGAUGAAAUGCUAGCACCAACAAGCGAGAGCAAAUGGAGCCCGCGAACCCCCUGGGGAGAUGCCGCCAUCGCCAAAAAGGCGGUGAUGUAUA